AAAAUUAACAACUAAACCUCCUUACAAAAUUCUGAAAUAUCGCUUAACUUUUAAUUACCGAAAAUUCCAGCCCGCAACUAAAAAUGUCGAAGGAAAUUAACCCAGAAUUUAUAGAACAGUGCUUGAAAGUACACAACAAGUACAGGGCUCUGCAUGGAUCUCCGGAUCUGAAGAUCGAGGAAGAGCUGAACAAAUUCGCGCAAGAAUGGGCGGAGAGCCUGGCAAAGCAGGACAAAGCAGAGCACAGAGAUCAGGAUCAAUAUGGAGAGAAUAUUUAUGCAAUGUCGAAUACCGAUCCUGAGUGGAAAGGAGUGCACGCCGAAGAUGCCGUAAAAUCCUGGUACGACGAGGUCGCUCUGUACAAGUUUGGCGAAGACGAGCCAAAGGAUCUGACCGAAGUGGGACAUUUCACUCAGGUGGUGUGGAAGGAAACGCUAAAAGUAGGAGUCGGCCUUGCAACGAGCACUGGAGGUACCGUGUACGUGGUCUGCAAUUACGAUCCACCAGGGAACGUCGUUGGCCAAUUUCCAAAAUCGGUCCCGCCUUCCAAGGUGAGGUCGAAAAAGAGGAAAAGGUCCGCCCCAGGGCCUGGUAAAGCUAAACGAGGCCAAUGAACAUUAGAAACAAAAAAAGAGAAAAAAAAACGAAAAUAUGAGAAAUCACACCCUUACAUAUUUAGUUUGAAAUUA